GCGGAGAGCAGUUAUACUCCAUAGCAAGCGCUAAUUAAAGUCCGUAUAGACGAGCUUAUUUGAGAUUUUUUAUAAAAGGGCAUCAUACAGUGUGUAGACUUUCGGGGCGAAUUUCUCUCCUUCUAUCUCCUUCCCGCCUCUGCAGGCGAACAGAGAUCGGGAAACACAAGGACGAAACCCCCAACACGAAGGCUGCUCCCACAGAACUGUAAAUCCCCAUCCCUGCCUUCCAGGGUUACCCCUGCGUCCGCCUGGGGAGCUCGCCCCGCCCAUCCCCGCCGUCGCCUCAUUGACGUCACCGCUCCAGCCGCAGACUGCCUGCCUCCUUCCCCGUCGCGGUAGCUUUGACAGGGCGCGAUGGCGGCGGCCGGGGCUGCAGGGUUGCCGGCGACCGUGUCGGAAAAGCAGGAGUUUUACCAGCUUCUGAAGAACCUGAUCAACCCCAGCUGUAUGGUGCGGAGGCAAGCCGAGGAAGUCUAUGAGAAUAUCCCAGGUCUGGGUAAGACUACAUUCCUCUUAGACGCCGUCCGUAAUAGAAGAGCAGGUUAUGAGGUGAGACAAAUGGCUGCCGCACUGCUACGACGGCUUUUGUCCUCUGGGUUUGAGGAGGUCUAUCCAAAUCUGCCUUCUGAAGUGCAGAGGGAUGUCAAGAUUGAGCUGAUACUGGCCGUUAAGUUAGAAACACAUGCUAGCAUGAGGAAAAAGCUUUGUGAUAUUUUUGCGGUGCUGGCCAGGAAUUUGAUAGAUGAGGAUGGCACUAACCAUUGGCCAGAAGGUCUGAAAUUCCUCAUUGAUUCGAUUCACUCUAAAAAUGUGGUUCUGUGGGAAGUUGCGCUUCACGUUUUCUGGCACUUUCCCGGGAUUUUUGGGAACCAGGAUCGUCACGAUUUGGAUAUCAUCAAGAGGUUGCUGGACCAGUGUAUUCAAGAUCAAGAGCAUCCAGCAAUCAGGACAUUAUCUGCUAGAGCUGCUGCUGCCUUUGUCCUUGCCAAUGAAAACAAUAUUGCGCUUUUCAAAGACUUCGCAGACCUGCUUCCUGGCAUCUUACAGGCUGUGAAUGAUUCCUGCUACCAGGAUGAUGACUCGGUGCUAGAGUCCCUUGUUGAGAUUGCGGACACAGUGCCUAAGUAUUUGGGUCCCUAUUUAGAAGAUACUCUGCAGUUGAGCCUGAAGUUAUGCGGAGACUCUAGGCUUAGUAACCUGCAACGCCAGCUGGCUCUGGAAGUAAUAGUGACCUUAUCCGAGACGGCAACGCCGAUGUUGAAAAAGCAUACGAAUAUUAUUGGACAGGCUGUGCCUCAUAUAUUAGCGAUGAUGGUUGAUCUGCAAGACGAUGAGGACUGGGUAAAUGCUGAUGAGAUGGAAGAAGAUGAUUUUGACAGCAAUGCCGUUGCUGCCGAGAGUGCACUAGACAGACUGGCUUGUGGACUUGGUGGAAAAGUUGUUUUGCCCAUGACCAAGGAGCAUAUCAUGCAGAUGCUUCAGAGCCCUGACUGGAAAUGUCGCCAUGCUGGAUUAAUGGCCUUAUCGGCCAUCGGAGAAGGUUGCCAUCAGCAAAUGGAACCAAUUCUAGAUGAAACCGUUAACUCCGUUUUGCUUUUUCUUCAGGAUCCUCAUCCAAGGGUGAGGGCUGCUGCCUGCACCACACUUGGACAGAUGGCCACCGAUUUUGCACCUAGCUUCCAAAAGAAAUUCCAUGAACUAGUGAUUCCAGCUUUGCUGCGAACCAUGGAAAAUCAAGGUAAUCAGCGCGUGCAGUCUCAUGCAGCUUCUGCUCUUGUUAUUUUUAUUGAAGACUGCCCCAAGUCAUUGCUAGUUCUGUAUUUGGAAAAUAUGGUAAAAAGUCUCCAUUCCAUCUUGGUAAUUAAACUGCAAGAGCUGAUUCGGAACGGAACUAAGUUGGCCUUAGAACAGCUUGUGACAACCAUUGCCUCAGUUGCAGAUGCAAUAGAAGAAAGCUUCGUGCCGUAUUAUGAUUUAUUUAUGCCCUCCCUCACACACGUUGUUGAGCUCGCGGUUCAGAAGGAACUCAAGCUUCUCCGAGGAAAAACUAUUGAGUGCAUCAGCCAUGUGGGUCUUGCCGUGGGGAAGGAAAAAUUCCUGCAGGACGCAUCGGAUGUGAUGCAGUUACUGCUGAAGACACAGUCAGACUUAAAUGCUACGGAAGACGACGACCCUCAGACCUCCUACAUGGUGUCAGCCUGGGCUCGAAUGUGUAAAAUUCUUGGGAAAGACUUUGAGCAGUAUCUUCCCCUGGUGAUCGAGCCCCUUAUUAAGACUGCCUCGGCUAAACCUGAUGUCGCUCUCCUGGAUACCCAAGAUGUGGAGAACAUGAGUGAUGAUGACGGCUGGCAGUUUGUAAAUCUUGGGGACCAGCAAAGCUUCGGAAUUAAGACCUCAGGACUCGAGGCAAAAGCAACUGCUUGCCAGAUGUUGGUUUACUAUGCUAAGGAGUUAAGAGAAGGGUUUGUGGAAUAUACGGAACAGGUUGUGAAGCUGAUGGUUCCUUUGCUGAAGUUUUAUUUUCAUGACAAUGUUCGGGUGGCGGCAGCAGAAGCCAUGCCCUUCCUCCUGGAAUGUGCAAGGAUCCGGGGCUCGGAGUACCUUUCUCAGAUGUGGCAGUUGAUUUGUGACCCCUUAAUCAAGGCCAUUGGAACUGAACCUGACACAGAUGUACUCUCAGAAAUAAUGAACUCUUUUGCAAAGUCCAUCGAGGUGAUGGGAGACGGUUGUCUUAAUGAUGAACACUUGGAGGAGCUGGGAGGCAUUUUGAAGGCAAAGCUCGAGGGGCACUUUAAGAACCAGGAGUUGCGGCAGGUGAAAAGGCAGGAAGAGAAUUACGACCAGCAGGUCGAGAUGUCGCUUCAGGAUGAGGACGAGUGUGACGUGUAUAUCCUGACCAAAGUGUCGGAUAUCCUGCACUCACUUUUUAGCACUUACAGGGAGAAGAUUCUGCCGUGGUUUGAGCAGCUCCUUCCGUUGAUUGUGAAUCUCAUUUGUUCAAGUCGGCCGUGGCCAGACAGACAGUGGGGACUGUGCAUAUUCGAUGACAUCAUCGAGCACUGCAGCCCAACCUCGUUCAAAUACGUGGAGUAUUUUCGGUGGCCAAUGCUGCUCAAUAUGCGAGAUACCAACCCCGAAGUCAGGCAAGCUGCCGCCUAUGGAUUGGGUGUGAUGGCACAGUUCGGUGGAGACGAUUAUCGUUCUUUAUGUUCAGAAGCUGUUCCGCUGUUGGUAAAGGUCAUUAAGUGUGCAAAUUCCAAAACCAAAAAAAAUGUCAUUGCCACCGAGAACUGUAUCUCGGCAAUAGGGAAGAUUAUGAAGUUCAAGCCCAACUGUGUAAACGUAGACGAGGUUCUCCCACACUGGCUGUCAUGGCUUCCGCUGCAUGAAGAUAAAGAGGAAGCUAUUCAGACUUUGAAUUUUCUUUGUGACCUGAUUGAAAGUAACCACCCGGUUGUGGUUGGUCCCAAUAAUUCCAAUCUUCCCAAAAUCAUCAGUAUAAUUGCAGAAGGGAAAAUUAAUGAGACUAUUAGCCAUGAAGACCCCUGUGCCAAACGCCUAGCUAACGUUGUUCGGCAGAUACAGACUUGUGAAGAAUUAUGGCUGCAAUGUAUAUCCCAUCUCGAUGAAGACCAGCAGGAAGCUUUACAAGAACUGCUCAAUUCUGCUUGAAGCACUUUACUGUCACUUGAGUAUCAGCUAUCAUACAAGUAACUACAAAGUGUUGUGAGUGAGCCGUGACACGAGAGAUACCACUUCUCUCUGCUAAGCAGUUCAUACUUCCGUGUCUCCCCAGGAUAGUGUUAAGGUCUUCUGUUUAUUUUGCAUGUGGCAUCUCUUAAAGGAACUGUGCUUGUAACUCGUGCUUCCGGUUGUCUUAAACUUAUUUGUCAGGUCCCCUGUUUAGUGUGAAAUGUAUAACUCAUUGCCGUUUGUCUGAACUGUUGCUGCUGGGUAAAUGGUAUACGCGGUGCCAAGAUGUCUGUGACAUCUUGUAAAGUGCUCACGAAGGAAGGGAAACUUCCGGGGUGAGCAUCUGUGGAGUUGAGGGUAGGGUACGUUGGCAGACUCACUCUUCCUUGGUAAUACUUCUGUUCGUUAUGGUAAUGGAAGGUUGCUAGAACGGGAAGAGUUUCAAGGUACUGCAGUGGAUGUAGGAGUUUUUUUUUCUAUAAUAUAAAUGAACUUUUCAUAUAGAGCUCUUAUAAAGUGGUUGGAGCAUGACUAAAUUCCAGUUCGCAAGGUGUUCAGCUGAGAGUUACAAGAACCAAAUUGGUUUUAAAAAUUUGUCAACUGAAACAUCCAUGGGUGUGGAGGAGGUGCUGGUGCAGUUCAUCCUGGAAGCAUGUGACAGGCCAUGACAGAGCUUAAUCAACAACCAAUAGUCAGUGUUUGUGGGUGUCAGUUAUUGUUACAUGUUUAGCAGAGUAUUGCUUUGUGUUUGUAUGUAUUAUCCCCCUACCCUCACACCAAACAAGGAACCCUUCCUGUCAGGAUGGGGCUUAAAUAGAUUUCUGUUUUGAAGCAGUUCCUGACAGAUUCUACAGAAACAGUGAAACAAACUUAAUUUUAUCUUUAAACAUUAAAAAGAAAAGAGCUUUAAGAUUAGUCAUGUAUCAGUAUAUUGCUCUAUAAAACAACUCUAUGAAUUUGGUUAUAUGAAUUGAAAUGUCUUAUUGCUGAAGGUGUUUUGUAGAGUAGAAAAAAAGUUUCUACUUAGCAAAACUUCAUUCAAAACUUACAAGCAAGAAUGUCUAUUGUGACUUCCCUGAGCCUGUUGUGAGUGCUGUGUGUGUAACAGAGCAAAUAUGUCAGACCUAGUAAGUGUUCAAUAAAUUGUCAGUGUUACUACCA